UGAGCCAUAUUUCGCGCAGGAUAUCUAGCUUUACGUACACUUGAAGCUAGGCUUCUUGGAACAGCAAGAUGACUGCCCCUCCUUUAGUUGAGGUCGACGAGUCGGUGGUCCUAGACCUUAAGCAAAAGUUGUUAGACCCUAAGACGACUCUUCCUGAGAAGUAUCGCGUCCUUUUCUCCUUGAGGAACGUGAAGGGCGCGGCUGCACAUGACGCCCUAGAGCUAGCUUUAAAGGAUGAGAGCGCGCUGUUUCGCCAUGAUGUUGCCUUCUGCCUCGGCCAACGACAGGACACCCGCGCUAUAUCAGUGCUUACCAACAUCCUCCACAACACAGAAGAGCACCCCAUGGUGCGGCAUGAGGCUGGGGAGGCGCUUGGAGCCAUCGCCACGGAUGAGUGCCUGCCACCGUUGCGGGAUCACGAGGAGGAUCAAGUACUAGAGGUUGCCGAGACGUGUCAGCUGGCGCUGCAGCGGAUAGAGUACCUGCGAGCGCACCCCGAGGCAAGCAACGAGGAGUCGCCGUACUACAGCGUGGAUCCCACUCCCGCGCUGCCGGCCGGCACCCCCACGGAGGAGCUGAGGGCCAUUCUGCUGGACGAGCGGAAGCGCAUGUUUGAUCGCUAUUCCGCGUUGUUCGCGCUGCGUAACAAGGGCGGCAAGGACGCGGUUUCGGCGCUGGGAGCAGUGUUCGGCGCGCGCUCAGCGCUUCUGAAGCACGAGGUGGCUUAUGUGAUGGGGCAGAUGCAGGACGCUCAAGCCGUACAAUACCUAACGGACGUGCUCAAGGGCUCAUUCCCUAGCCCAUCUCCUUCUCAACCCCUCCCUCCAGAACUCCACCGAGCAUGCCAUGGUGCGCCACGAGGCGGCCGAGGCGCUAGGUGCCAUCGCCGACAGCGUCACUGUGGGGUUGCUGCGCGACUUUGCGGCCGACCCGGAGCCCAUCGUGGCGCACAGCUGCGAGGUGGCGCUGGAUGUGCUGGACUUCGAGCAGAGCGGGCAGAUGGAGUACGCGGAUAAGGGGGCCAAGGAGGGAGAGGAGAAGCCGCGGCGGCCGAUUUGCCCGUGCAGGGGUUGAGGACCCGUGCGGUUUGAGGGAAGAGAAGGGCUGGUGCGCGCGAUGGGGCUUUGUACCGAUGUGGGUGUGAGUGUUUUGCGGCUCUUCUGGUAUGAGGCAAGGCGGCGGCGCAAGAGGUGGCGUGCUUCUU